UGGAUUCAUUGUCUAGACACAGCUCACAGCUAUCACACACAACAUAUUUUAAACCUAAAAAAAAUUCCACCAAAUUCAAAAUUUCAAAAUUUUUGUUCUGGACCUUUUAAUAGAAGUGUAAAGUUUUGUAUUAUGCGCGUAUUUGGUAGAGUAACGAACUAUUUUAAGUGAAAAAAAAAUUCUCAAAACAUAAAAAGCAAAAAUGCCGGGGAUACUCGGGACGUUCCCGACUCAUCGUCUUGGACCGCACCUCUCGCAGAUAUCCCGAUGCCUUAGCUACCACGCUCCGCUCUUCCGGCCGCGCAGCCUGAUCCACGAAAAGAGGUUCAGACAGUUGUGCAUCAGUGUCACCUCUGGAGCCAAGACGACUCCUCAGGCUGACAGGACCUGCAAUCCAGGUCGCGUCCGGGUGCAGAAGUACUCGCAGAAGGGCAACAAUGUCUUCUCUAUCAGCGACAAUGUGGAUAUGUUGCGGAAACGGAUCAGCUUCUCUGGGACAUCGGGCAAUGCACCCAAGAUCCUGCCCAUUGGCCUGAUCACACCGGAAACUGGCGAUGGCAAGGAACUGAAGAUCGUCAUCGUGCCUUUGGACCUGUCCGGCAUGGAUGCCAAUGCUCUGAAGGAUACACUGGAGACCAUCAACCAGUUGCGGUUGUACGCCAAUCAUAUAGAGACCUUUUCCAGCAGCAUGGUCGAGGAAUACGGCGCCUUGAACGAAGCCCUUCAGGAAGUGGAAUCGCAGGCACAGUCGGAAGACGUCAAGGCGGAGUCCAACGCCGAUGAUCGUAAAUUCUGGGAAAGCUACCCAUCCUCACCAGCGGCCGACGUCGAUGCCGUGGGAACCGCAAUGGAUGCGGGCAUGGGUGCGGGGUCCAACAUGCCCCUGCAGCGCCAGGCUGCGGUCAGUAGCUGCCUUCAGAACUCUCUGGGAAAUCCAGUUCGUCCAGCAGCUACCAGUUCUUCACUGAAAACCACCAAGUCCAUGUCAGCGCUGGCCCAACCCGAACCCAUCCAGGACUCUGGCCUGGGAGCAAAUCUCAAAGAGCUCGCCUCCCAAGAGGGCGACUUUGUCGAGGAGGUGCGAGUGGAUGUGCCGCAGGAUCUGAGCAAUCGACUCAACGAGAUGGCAGUCUCCUCCAUGGAGCUGUCCUUUGAAAUGGACAUGACCAACCUGCGAGAUGCUCUCAAUAACAAGGACCCGAAUUCGGUAGCUCCGCAAAAUCCCAUGAUCUGUAUGCACACCAAGGUGGAACUGGAUGCAACCGGUAAGGCGGUGCAAACCCUGCCUCUCAGGUUCAAUGCCUUGAUCUCUGGCGUGGUGGAGAUCGAUGCUCAGAAGCUUAAGGACGCCCAGUUGACAGAGGAUAAAAUGCCAGGGUUCAACGAUGACCUCACAUCGCUGGCUGCCAAUCUUUGCAGCACCGCCCUGGAAAAGGGUUUCGCCACCAGCUCAAAAUCUCCGGACGACCCCUAUAUCGCCGAUCUGGAACUGACCAAGGAUGAGGAGGCCUUUCCGACCAGGAUCAUCGAUACUUCCUAUAUGUCGGCAUCUACUCAAAUCGGACAUCAGCGUGAAGCCCUGCAGAAGAUAGCAGAGGAAGCUUCUACUGUGCCGGGCAUCCAGGAGGUGGAGGUACCUGUUCCGGUGGACAAGGAUGGCUGCAAGAAUCCGCCCGUGAAGCCCAAGCGCAAAUGUCCUGGCAAAUGUCCCCUUAUCACAGAUCCCUGCAAGGAGGAUCCUUGCGAGCGUCCUGAAAAGAAAAAGGCCCCCAAGAAAAAGGCGGAACAAACCACGGAGAUAACAUCAAAGGCCAAGGGUGGCGGCAAGAAAGAUUCCUGUGCAAAGGGCGGAAAAGGCAAGGACAAGAAGGAUCCAUGUGCCCAGAAGAAGGACGGCGGUGGCAAGAAAAAGGAUCCUUGUGCUAAGUUCAAGUCUGGGGAGAAGAAAGAUCCUUGUGCCAAGAAGGACGAUAAGAAAAAGGAUCCUUGCGCCAAGAAGAAGGAUCCCUGUGCCAAGAAAGACGAUAAGAAAAAGGAUCCCUGUGCCAAGAAGAAGGAUCCUUGCGCCAAGAAAGACGAUAAGAAGAAAGAUCCUUGUGCCAAGAAGAAGGAUCCCUGUGCCAAGAAAGAUGAUAAAAAGAAAGAUCCCUGCGCCAAAAAGAAGGAUCCCUGCGCCAAAAAAGACGAUAAGAAGAAAGAUCCCUGUGCCAAGAAGAAGGAUCCUUGUGCUAAGAAGGACGAUAAAAAGAAGGAUCCAUGCGCCAAAAAAGACAAUAAGAAGAAAGACCCCUGUGCCAAGGACAAAAAGAAGGAUCCCUGCGCCAAGGGCGGUAAGGAUGACAAGAAGAAAAAGGAUCCCUGUGCCAAGUUUAAGAAGGGCGGCAAGGAUGGCAAGGAUAAGUGCAAGUUCUCCACCUUUUCUAGGCGUCCAGAUCCAAGCAAACGCUAUCUGUCCACUGCCCUGAGCCACGUCUUCCAAGAAUCGGCUCCAGUUCCAAAAGCUCCCCGCUUCCAAGUCUACUCCACUCUUGUACGCCGUCACUAUCGUGUCCCUGCUCUCAAGACCUCGAGCUCCUGCCAGUGUUCCCUAUGUAAGGGUCAUCUGCUGGACAAGGCAACUCCUCCUGCCCGGUUCACGAUCAACACAACCCUUCUGCGGCGACGCUUUGGUGGACUUGCGGGUAGGAUCACCCCUGGUUCCCUGAGCCAAUUCAGCUAUCGGGGAUACGCGAAGAAAAGCAAGAAGGGCGGCAAGUGCGGCCAGAUGGCGCCCAAGUACCCCAAGAGUCGUGGCAAGGACAUCAAGGAGCGGACGGGUCUGCGAGAGGAUUGUUUCAGCGGUGAAGACGGCGGUUGCGGGAUCAAAAGCUGCACCGGCAAGUGCGCCAAGGUCAAGUUCCCCAAGAAGAAGUGCGAGCGCAAGGAGAAAAAGGACGAUGGUAGAAUAGGCAAUCUCUUCGCCCGGAAUACCUCUGUGCAGCUGCAGACGCAACGACGAUCACUCAGCACAAGGGUCUGUUGCCACCCUUCUCCGAAACCCAAAUCUGACGAACAGGCUCUUGCGCUGCGUAUCUCGAAUUCCUAUGAGGUCAAGGUGGUUCCCGUUUCCAAACCUCGUCCCAAGGAUUUCGACGUUCUUAUUCGAACGGGUUCCGUGGCCAUCUCGAACUCGGACAUACAUGUGUACGAGAACGGCAGUCGCGACAUAGAAGCCAUGUCCCUGGGCCACGAUGCCACGGGAUUCGUGGAGGAAGUCGGUCGCUGUGUCCAUCAUCUGCACGUGGGUGACCGUGUCGUCAUGGAGUCUGCCUUGUCCUGCGGCAUCUGCGACCUGUGCAAGCAAGGGCAGUACAACAUGUGCUCUGGGCUGGUGUACAAUGGCUUCCUGAGCACCUACCAAACGCAUCCGGCCGACCUAUGUCACCGACUUCCCCCGUCCAUCAGCAUGGAGGAGGGCGCCCUAACCCAAACAUUAGCCCUGGGAUGUCAGGCGUGCUUCAAGGCUAAUAUCACGCCCACCAGCAAUGUCCUCAUCCUGGGAUCCUGUCCGACGGCAGUGGCGGCAGGCAUAUGCGCCAAUGCCAUCGGGGCCAAGCGUGUGGCCAUUGCAGGAUGCAUGGCUCCCGCCCUGGAUGUGGUAGCCCGGGACUUUGGCUUCCAAGCCGUCGAGUUCGACAGCAACGCCCUGUUCGGUGAGGUCCUGGAGGCCAUCUACAGCAAGUUCAAGGACUGGCCAGACUGCGUCAUAAACUGCUCCAUCUCGGCCAUGACGAUGAACCUGGCGGUCAUGGCCCUGCAGCCUUGUGGCGUCUGCGUGCUGGCUGAGUGCGAUUCGGAGUGCGCCAGUUUCAAUGCCUUGGAUGUCCUGAUGAAGAACAUCCGCCUGGUGCCCAGCUUUCGGUCCGCCAAUAUGUAUCCCACUGCCAUCCAACUCAUGCGAUCUGGUCGUGCACUCAUGCACAAGUUCAUUACGGCCUCAUAUCCUCUAAGCAAGGCGGAGGAGGCCUUCCGAACUGCCCAGCACGAGUCCAACGUUGGGCUGGGGAAGAUCAUUGUUAACUGUGCGGACGAAGUGGACAUCGAGGAGAAUCUAAGGAGGAAUUCCAAAUUGGCAUCGUAGAAAAUUAUGGUAGUAAAAGCUGUGUAGAAGACCACAUCAAUGAAUUCUAUUAUACUUGAGGUUGCUACUCGUGUGUUUUCGAUUUUAAAUUGGGAAUUAAAAUAAAACAAUAAAUUUUAAGUAUUGCAACAAAAA